AUGAGUCACUGCAGCAGCCGCGCCCUGACCCUGCUGAGCAGCGUGUUCGGCGCGUGCGGCCUGCUGCUCGUGGGCAUCGCGGUCAGCACCGACUACUGGCUCUACAUGGAGGAGGGCACGGUGCUGCCGCAGAACCAGACCACGGAGGUCAAGAUGGCCCUGCACGCCGGCCUCUGGCGCGUCUGCUUCUUCGCAGGUCGGGAGAAGGGUCGCUGCGUGGCCUCGGAAUAUUUUCUUGAGCCGGAGAUCAACUUGGUGACGGAAAACACGGAGAAUAUUCUGAAGACCGUGCGCACAGCCACCCCCUUCCCCAUGGUCAGCCUCUUCCUCGUGUUCACCGCCUUCGUCAUCAGCAACAUCGGCCACAUCCGCCCACAGAGGACCAUUCUGGCCUUCGUUUCUGGAAUCUUCUUCAUCCUGUCGGGCCUCUCCUUGGUGGUGGGCUUGGUCCUGUACAUCUCCAGCAUCAACGACGAGGUCAUGAACAGGCCCAGCAGCUCGGAGCAGUACUUCCACUACCGCUACGGCUGGUCUUUCGCCUUCGCCGCUUCCUCCUUCCUCCUCAAAGAGGGGGCCGGCGUGAUGUCCGUGUACUUGUUCACCAAGCGCUACGCGGAGGAGGAGAUGUACCGCCCGCACCCCGCCUUCUACCGCCCGCGCCUCAGCGACUGCUCCGACUACUCGGGCCAGUUCCUGCAGCCCGAGUCGUGGCGCCGCGGCCGCAGCCCCUCCGACAUCUCCAGCGACGUGUCCAUCCAGAUGACGCAGAACUACCCUCCCGCCAUCAAGUACCCGGACCACCUGCACAUCUCCACCUCGCCCUGCUGA